GAUUAUCCAAAUAUAAAAUAAUUGCUUUUUUCCUGGUCGUUUUUCUAGAAGAGAGAGAAAAAAAAAUUAGUCUUCUUCAGUCUAUCUAACGACAUUGUUCUAAAAAGAUGACUACUGUUAGUCUUUGUUUUCUACUUGUAAUUUCUGCAUUACCCACAUUUUGUGAUAAUGGAGGUGUAUUUGACAAAAUAAAAGAGGGAUUGCGCAAUGCUAAAAAUUAUUUAGAUACUGUGAAAGAUAUUGCGAAUUUGGUGUCGGCAAGUUUGAAUCGAAAAGAAAGUCAAAGACGAGGUGACAAUGGUCAAAAUAAUGAAGAAAAAGAAAAGACAAAAGGAACCUUUGGUCCUGUUCCAUUUGUAUCAGCAUUUUUUCGCUUAUUAGGAUUAGAUUCACAAAAAGUAACAGCCAUCACAGUCAACAGUGUUAUUUUUCUCGCACAAAUGAUAGGAUCAUUAUUUGAUCUCACUCCACGAAUUGAUGCUGCUAGUUCUGAUGAGAAUAACGAUUUGCCCGAUCCCUACAAAUUAAUUAUGGAAAAUAAAAGCCAAAAGAUUCAAAAUUUGAUAAAAAGAGCACAAGAUGCAACUCUUCCACAACAAUUAAUUGACGAUAUUGAUGGUUUAGAUACAGCUUGCGUGAGACUUUUAAUUUGUAAAACAACUCCUGUGAUUCGCGCUGCACAAAUUUCUUUACAAACAAAACAUUCAAAUCCAUUUCGUCAAAUUACUUCUUGGCUACCAAGUUUAGAAGAAUUUGAGGAUAAUUCCGAGGUCUGUGAGCAAAAUCACACUGAUUGUUUAUUAUUUACACAAUAAUUAUAAUUAUUUUUAAUAAUUAAACAAAAAUUAUUAAAAAUAAUAAUUAAAAAAGAGUAUUAAUUAUUAAUUAUCUUAAAUUUAUUUAUUCAUUAAUAAAAAUUAAUUAAUUAAUAAUUACACUAGAACCUCGGUUAGUGGUUUUUUUUUUUAAACUAUGUUCAUUAGACCAAGGUUCCAGUGUAAUUCCCCUAUUGAUCAAAUGUUUAAAAACUUAUUGUUUUAUUAAAAAAAAAAAUGUUUUUUAAAAUUAAUUUAAAUAAAUAAUAAACAACAAAUUUUAAAUUUUUUCUUCAUUCACUAUUUCUUUUAAAUACGAUGAGAUAUUUGAAAGUAUGAAUGCUAAUUUGAUAUACAUAUUUCAUAUUUAUUAGAGAUCAACAAAUGAAAAUGAUCUAUACAUUUGUAAACAUUCAUUUACUUUAAUAAAUACAUCUUGCCACAAAUAAUUUAUCUACAUAUACAACUACUCAUAAUAUAAUAUAUAAUAUAUUUUUUUUUAUAUAUAUAUAUAUACCUUUAUUCUUUAGGCAAGUUUCAAAUAUUUUCAUAUCUUUCUCGUGGAAGACAACUUACGAUCUACUACACAUCUUUGUUGAUUUUCAUUUGACAAUUGAGAUAAAAAUGACUAUUUUUUUAUAAUCAGGAUUAUGUAUAUUUAUAAAAGAGGGGGGGGGGAGAGAUGUGAAAGGUGCAAAAGUUUGAUGAGUGCAAAAGUCACUGUUUCACACAUUAUAUUAUAGAAUUAUUAUCUUCUGCAGUCAAAAACUUCUGUAAAAUUUUUCUUCCUUUUCAUAUAUGAUUUAAGUCAUUAUUAUAAUUAAUGACCAAUUAAUUAAUAAUUAUUAUAUGUAUAUUAAUUCACUCUUGAAAAACUUAUUGAUAGAUAUUAGUUAAUUAGUUUAAUGUAUAAGAAAUCAUUUUUAAAUUAAUUAAUUAUAAAUUCAGUAGGAAAUUCAUUAUUAUAUAUAUUUAAUGAAAUUGAUAUAUAAAUUUUUUAAGUCUCAUUUAUAUAGAAAAGGUUUUUUUUUAAGGCGUACAGAAAUUUUCGACUAGACAAUAAAAAAAAUGGUUCUUUUUUUUUCAUUCAAUUUGCAUUAAUCAGCUAAAAAAAUUAAACUAUGUUCUUGAUGUUAGAGGAAAUUAUAAAAAAUUAAUUUCUAUUACACAUUUACUCACUGAUAUUCUAUGUAAAAGAUAAGAUCUUACUAUUGAAUAUAUCAUACAUAUAGCUUAAGAAAUUCAUAUUAAAUUUAAUUCAUUUAAAAUAUGAUUAAUUCAAUUACAUAUAUAUAACAAAUGAGCUUUUUUAGGCAAUAGGAAAAAAUACUGUUGAGUGUAACAAUCAUUAUACUAGCAGGACGGUACUACGAAUUCCAUAUUUUGAAAUUUCAGAAACAAAAUUGUUUUUUUUUUAAUAAUAAAAAAAGAUUUUUUAAAAAGCAUUUUUAAUUAGAUCAUUUUCAUAAAAAAUGUUCUGAUAAAAAUUAUCAAAUGAAUUUGUAUUUUAAAAAAUUCAAUUUUGUGAAGAAUUGAACAUAUUUUUUAUUUCUGAAGAAUUAUUUAAAUAAAAUCAAUCCGAGAGUUCAUUUUGAAAUUCCUUAUAUACAAAGGUAAAUUGUCGAAAACUUCCACAAUAUAUUUUUUGUGCAUAUAUUUUCACACAGAAAUUCCCUGAGUAUCUCAAAGAUUAUCCUUCCCAUUUUAUUCCAUUAUUAUAUUUUAUUAAUAAUUUAUUCUCUUUUAUUCUUCAAAGCACUUUUAACAAUUCCAAUUGGUACGCUUUUAUUAUAAUUAUAUGGGAUUAAAAAAUAAUUUUGUUUUUUCUCUUAAAUAUUUUACAUUUUUAAAAUAAUAUUUUAUAUAUUAUGUUUUGAGUAAUAAUAAUAAUAAUAAUAUAUAUUUUUGUUUUUUAAUAAUCUUUCAUAUUUUUAUUAUUAUUUAUAUUUUAUUUAAAGUAUAAUAUUCAGGUAUAGGUAUAUAUAUUUUUACAUUAUAUAUUUUUUUCAUUUUUAAUCUUAAUAUUUAUAUUCCAAAAAUUGGGAUAACAUUUUUAAAAAAACGCACCAAUUAUCAUAGUAUAGCAAAGAAUCGAUUAAAAGACAUAAUUUUCAAUUAAUUUUUGAAAAUAAUAAAAAAAAAAUUAGUUUAACUACCGCAAUAAUUAGAAAGAGAAAUGAGAAAAUUUUGUCUAAAAUUUCAAAAUAUAGCUUCAAAUAGGUCAAUGACCAAAAUGUUAUUUAAACACUACUAGUAUUAUUGUAUAUAGAUUUAUACAUAUAUUAAUGCGAUCCGUUAAAAAUCGUCUAUUCAAGAUCGAGUACUUAAAGUACAAUUAAUAUAAGUCUAAUAUGAAUCAGGUAACUAUUGGUUCUUAUAAUUUGAUAAAUAUUUGGCAUAUAACAAGGGGAUGUCUUUAUAUCCAAAUUGCACAGUUUACUUUUACUGUAAUUCCUUAAGGGUGUGUGUCACUGAAAUUAAAUAAUUAUUAAUCACGUCACCAAUCGAUUCACAAAAUCAAUUACAUUAAAAUUAGUGAAAACUAAUUCUCAUUCUUGAAUAUCAUCAAAAAUUAUAAAUAAUAUUAAAAUACAAUUUAAUUUUUUUUAAUUAAAAAAUUUUUUUUUACCUCUUAUUAUUGCUAAAUAAGUAAAUAAUUAUUAUUUUUAAAUGUAAAUUAUUCGUACUAUACUUACUAUGUUUAAUAUUAGAAUAUAUUUUAUUAAAAAUAUUUUUUUAAAUAUUAAUUUUUAACAUUUUUUUUAAAAUAAUUAAAUUACAUUGUUAUAUAAUUUAUUUUACAUUUUUUUUUGUUAUUAUAUUUAAUAAGUGAUUUUUUUUUAAUUUUCUAAAAUUUCAAUUUUCUUCCUCUAUAUAUAGGUUAAAAAAUAAAAAUUUUUAGAACCUAAACUGGUGACGUCACAAUGUGUCACAUACCCUUAAAAAAUUUAACAAUAGUCUAAACUCUCUAGGUACUUUUGAAUUAUUGACAACGCUACAAAGCUUAAGGGAUAAACUCAUUAAUGUGUAAUAUACAUAAAACUUAAAUUUUUGAUAUACAAAUGGUAACAAAUGUAUCGUUAUUUUUUUAACUGCAGAAAUAUUUAUCACAUGUGGGGAGGGGGAGAGACAAGCAAAACAAAAAAAAAACUAUACUAAUUAAUAAUAUCAUACAAUAUCACCGUCGUUACUAUAAAUUAAAAUAUGAAAUAUAUAGAAAUAUUUGCAUAUUAUUCAUUGCGCAUCUUUUUUUUUCCUUUAAAAUGAAAAAAAUUGAAUUUUCAAAAAUAUACAAAAGGACUGAUUAACUUUAACGAACCACGACUCUAUUUUACAAUCAUAAUUACAAUAUAUUUACAAGAAAACAUGUACAAGGGUAUAAUUAUAAUAUUUAAUGAUUUGAGAUUCGCAUCACUUUUUUUCAUAAUUUACCGUGAUUGUCUCAUAAAUCCAGAAUUUUCUAUUUUAAGAAGUGAAAAAUAAAAAAAAAUGUAAUAAAAAUAUAAAAUUAAAAAAAAAAUGUUUAUAUUUAAUAUUCGUUUUGGUAAUUUACUUAUUUAUGAACAGUUACUUUCGCUGUGUAAAUUACAUUUUGAUAAAAUUUUUCAUCAUAUAAAUUAUAUAUAAAUAAUUUAUUUCUAAAAACUAAGUAAAUAUAAAAAGAAUUCUGGCUUUAUAAUACAAUCUUGACUAGAUUAACAUUUUGUAUACCUUCAUUUCUUUCGUUGUAAAAAUAAAUGCACUUCAUACAAAAUAAAAUAUCGUAAUAGAAGAUUCGCUCGAACCCAAUUCGAAAAAAGCGGCAUUAAGAAAAUAUAAGAUCGGUUUGCAAAUUGAGAAACUCAUUUUGCUACUUCUAUUUAUUCCUUUUUAAGGAGUUAGAUCAUUAAAAAUUUCUACAUCUCGGUAAAUGUAGUUUA